UUGCGGUCGUUUACAGAGAAUCUCGACUUUGCGCCUUGGAAGGUUGAAGCUGAUUUCGAGCAAGAGGCCGCACGGAUCGCGAGUCAAGCAGCUGAGAAAGUUGAACAAAAGGUGGCUCAUACGCUGAAUAAGAUCCAGCUGGAGAGCUCAGAAGUGAUACUGUCCCACCUGCACAUUCAUGACCCUCAAGUUCCGAGCAUACUCCAGCAUGUCAAACGAGCGACGAGCCUGACCAAGCUUGACAUGUCAAUGAACGCGAUCGGGAGCGAAGGAGCGAGCGGCUUAGGAGCAUUUUUGCCGAUGCAGAGGAUCCGAACCGGCGCCUCCUUUCUCAGCUUGCGCGGGAGCCGCGUGAGCGACUCGGACGUGCAAACUUUAACUCAAGCCAUGCAGGGGGAUCACUGCAGGGUGUCUCAGCUGGACUUGAGCCAGAACGAGCUAAGCAGCGCAGGAGUAGAGAAGCUGAGAAGCGUGCUGGGCCACGACUCUAUCAUAGAGAGACUGUGGCUAGGUGGAAACAAGUUGCAUGACACGGGCGCGACGAGGUUGGCGGAGGUUCUGCAAGGCAACGAGAGUCUGGUCGCUCUUGACGUCUCCUCGAAUCAGCUGGGGCCUGAUGGCUGCCUACGCAUCGCCCAUGCCCUCAUGUACAACCCAAUGCUGCGCGAGCUCGACCUCUCGGACAACCAGCUGGGCGAUGAAGCUUCCGGUGAGAUCUCGCGCUACCUCGGGAGGCUCCGGAACCUCCAGGUGGUGAACGUUGCUAGUUGCGGCCUCUCAGCUGCGGGAGUCUUGGGCUUCAUGGCAGCCCUGCAGGAGAACGGGACUCUCGUCCGAUGUUGA